CAAGAAAGCCGAGGAGAUGGCCCUGAGGCUCAGCCGGGCAGUGGCAGGUGGGGAUGAGCAGGUGGCUAUGGAGUGUGCCACCUGGCUGGCAGAGCAACGGGUACCCCUGCGGGUGCAGCUGAAGCCUGCGGUCUCCCCAACACAGGACAUCAGGCUGUGGGUGAGUGUGGAGGACGCUCAGAUGCACACUGUCACCAUCUGGCUCACGGUGCGACCUGACAUGACCGUGGCUUCCCUCAAGGACAUGGUGUUCCUGGACUAUGGCUUCCCGCCAGCGCUGCAGCAGUGGGUGAUUGGGCAGCGGUUGGCCCGGGACCAGGAGACGCUGCACUCGCAUGGCGUGCGGCGGGACGGUGACCCGGCCUACCUCUACCUGCUGUCAGCCUGCAACACCUCCCUCAACCCCCAGGAGCUGCAGCGGCAGCGCCAGCUGCGGAUGCUGGAAGAUCUGGGCUUCAAGGACCUCAUGCUGCAGCCCAGGGGCCCACAGGAGCCGGCACUUCCGAAGCCUGGGGCCCCCCAGGAGCCAGGUCAGGGGCCUGACCCCAUUCCUGAGCCCCCACUGGUGGGCUGGCAGUGCCCUGGCUGUACCUUCAUCAAUAAGCCCACACGGCCCGGCUGUGAGAUGUGCUGCCGGGCGAGGCCCGAGACCUACCAGGUCCCCCCCACGUACCAGCCGGACGCAGAGGAGCGAGCGCGCCUGGCCAGCGAGGAGGAGGCGCUGCGCCAGUACCAGCAGCGGAAGCAGCAGCAGCAGGAGGGGAACUACCUGCAGCACGUCCAGCUGGACCAGAGGAGCCUGGUGCUGAACACCGAGCCCGCCGAGUGCCCCGUGUGCUACUCGGUGCUGGCGCCCGGCGAGGCCGUGGUGCUGCGGGAGUGUCUGCACGCCUUCUGCAGGGAGUGUCUGCAGGGCACCAUCCGCAACAGCCAGGAGGCAGAGGUCGCCUGCCCCUUCAUUGACAACACCUACUCGUGCUCGGGCAAGCUGCUGGAGAGGGAGAUCCGGGCGCUGCUGACCCCUGAGGACUACCAGCGGUUUCUGGACCUGGGCGUCUCCAUCGCCGAGAACCGCAGCGCCUUCAGCUACCACUGCAAGACCCCCGACUGCAAGGGCUGGUGCUUCUUUGAGGAUGACGUCAAUGAGUUCACCUGCCCCGUGUGUUUCCGCGUCAACUGCCUGCUCUGCAAGGCCAUCCACGAGCAGAUGAACUGCAGGGAGUACCAGGACGACCUGGCCCUGCGGGCUCAGAACGACGUAGCUGCCCGGCAGACGACGGAGAUGCUGAGGUCCAUGCUGCAGCAGGGCGAGGCCAUGCACUGCCCGCAGUGCCAGAUCGUGGUUCAGAAGAAGGACGGCUGUGACUGGAUCCGCUGCACUGUCUGCCAGACCGAGAUCUGCUGGGUCACCAAGGGCCCGCGCUGGGGCCCCGGGGGCCCUGGAGACACCAGCGGGGGCUGCCGUUGCCGGGUGAACGGGGUUCCUUGCCACCCCAGCUGUCAGAACUGUCACUGAGCUGAAGAUGGCCCAGUCCCCACGCCGACCCAGCCCCACCCCACAGUUGCUGCGGGACCGGGCAGGGGCUUUGGCUCUGAAUUCCGGCCGGGGAGAUGCCUUUACGCUUGGCCGAGAAGGACCCAGUGGAGCCGAGGCCUCGGAGCUGCCUGGCGGCCUUGUUUGUGUGGGUGUUGCAGGGCCCCACCUGGGCCGGCUGUUGUCCUUAGCGCCUCUGCCCCAGUGCCUUUGCCUUCCCCUGGGGCUUGCUGGCCAGACCUUUCAUCUCUUCUUUGUGCUCCCACCUCUGCCUGGCGCAGCCUUACACAGCCCUGGCCAUAGGCCUUGCUGGGUAGAGCCUCUGAGAGCCCGUGUGAGUCCAUACAUCCCCACCCGCCCCACCACCUCGUCUCCUCAACACCGCGCACUCAGAGCCCGCCACUUCCCGUCGGCUCUCUGCGCUGACUUUUCUCUGGCUUUGCUGUUGGAGGCCUGGGGCCUUUUAGAACUGCUGCUAAUCCUGUUCAGAGCCAGGAGGGAGACCGAGCAGUUUCUAAAGCACAGCUCCUCUGGUCCAGCUUCCACGUCUCCCUCUUUGUAAGCUCAUUAAAAUGGUUUUCCAGGAAGGGAUGAGUGUGAUGUCUGAGGGAGCGAGAGGGACAUGGGCUGGGACUCUGAGUAGCAGGAUCCCAGGCGCUCCGGGAAUGGCGGCAGGACGUGUACGUAUGAGCCGCCUGGCAUCCCUGGGCCCAGCUGGAGCGGGUAGGAUGCUCUUGAGUUUGCAGUGUGUGAGAGGCCACAAAGCAGGUUCUGCAGAUCGGUGUGGGCUUGAGGGGCAGGAAGGGGCUGAGCAGCAGGUACAGGCUGGCAGGAAAGCCUUGCUGCUCCCUCUGCCGCUCAGUGGGCAUCCAAGGUCGGGGAACAAACAUUUCAGGAUCAGGUAAAACUGCUGCAAUUCAAGAUCAGGUAAAACUGUCCAUCCUAAUUUUAGCAUCUCAGGUAAAAAUGUUACAGAAUUGGUCCAGCCUAUUUACCAGUCUCCUUUUUGUGUUGGUCAGGGAUUAAUAAAAAACAUUCUGGGUGUUCA